AUGGAAGCAGCAGAUGCAGAUAUGCAAGCGCAAGUACGGCGUGAAAGACGUCGGGAAUUACGAAAUGAAAAUUUGACUGCGUGGAGCUUGGGAAAGCCAGAUCCAACAAAAUUCAAGAAUCUCGAUUCAAACAUUAAGAAAAACACAGGAUUCAUUAAGAAAUGCAAAACACAAUUGUCAGCUGAGUAUCAAGCGCAAUUGCUCAAAGAUAUAAAUACGUUGACGUUGGAAAAGUACAUAUCUGAGGUGGUAGCUGCUGUUGUCGAAGGUGUGCAACGGUGUAAAAUGGCUGCAGAUAUCUGGGCAGCUGUUGAAGUAAUCUCCGCCUUACACCAACGUUUCCCUGAUACAUUCACACCAUUCUUAACACACACUCUAGCUCGCUCGCUUGUACCGCCCAACAAACAACAACUUGCCGUCCUAACCACCGAACAACGUGAAAAAGAGGAGAACACGCGUAUUGCAAAGCAACGCGUGUUGCUUCGAAUCGCGGGAGAGUUGUGGCUCAUGGGCGUGUUAAGGAAUGUCGAGGAUGGGAUUGCCGCGCUGAAUAGUGGCGGGGCUGCGGUCGGCGCCGGGAGUGUUAAUGGGGUGAAGGAUAAUGUCGCAGGAUUUGUUAGUAAUAAUUCGAUUGUUAAAGACACGAGAGAAGUGAAAGAGUAUAAGAGUUCUGGUGAAGGCUUUUUGUAUACGGUUAUGAAGGAGUUGCUCUCGCAUGAUAGCAAACAUCUUAACCUCCCUUUGGCUGUAUCAUUCGUAAAAAACUUUGGACCGGAAAUUAUCGGAACUAUGCGUAAACAAAAACGUGAUGAAAGUGUCGCUACCACUGAAGCUGCUACAACUUCUGAAUCCGCAGACAUGGACAAAGCUCCUACCGAUGACGUCGCUGUUAACAACGUUAUCGAAUCAGAGGAUAAAAAAGAAACAAAAGAUACAAUUGUGACACCGGAGCAUCAAACCCUUUUCAAGAAUUUGCUUGUUGAUUACUUUCAUGGUGUUGAGUCCCAUUUGCUGAAGGAUCAUGAGAAAAUCAAAAGACUAGAUCAUAGUAAUCACGAAUACUACAUCACCAGAGGCGAAAUUCCCGAUGAAACUAAGCAGAAUUACGAAAAGGUUGUGAAAGCUUUUGAGAAGUUCCUACAGAAUGCUCAAACGUUAGCUGAUGCUCUGGACCUCGAAAUGAUCGAUUUGCCCGAUGACGCAGGAACCACAAAGAUUAGCUCUCUGGUUGUUCGUGAAGGAACAUCCGUCAAUGAGAAAGAGGAUAUUGUGAGCAGUAUCUGGGAAGACGAAGAUGCACGGAGCUUCUACGAAACUCUUAUCGACCUCAAAACACUUGUACCUGGGGUCCUCCUCGAAGCAAAAUCCAGCAAAAAAGACGACCUCGAAUUAGACAAGGACGAAGUUGCCGGCAGUGGCGACACUGAGAAAGACGAUGACGGAAAAUCUCUGAAUGAGGAUCCUAAUAAGAUUGAUGACAAUUCUUUGGAUCAUCGUCGUGCGAGUGUGUCUACUGAUGGAGGGCAGAAAGAAGAGAUCACGGGCAGUGAUAAUGGUGCUGAUGGAGUAGUAAAAGAUGACGAAAAUGAAGACGUUGCGACGAAAGAUGCCGCUGAGCCAAAUAAUAAUAAGAGCGGCACGUCAGCACAACUUGAUUCUCUGUUAUCGCGACUUCCGAAUCUCGUAAAUCGCGAUCUUAUCGAUCAAGCUGCUGUCGAUUUCUGUUACUUGAAUUCUAAGGCGGCUCGAAAGAAGUUGUUGAAGACUCUAGUUGGCGUCCCUCGUACCAGACUUGACCUUUUGCCUUAUUAUGCGCGUUUGAUUGCUACACUUAAUCCUCAUUAUCCUGAUAUUACAGCGGCUGUUUUGCAAGCGCGAAAGAAAACUUUGGAUUUGCUUGAAACUAAAGUCAAGAACAUCAGAUUCCUCUCGGAACUUACCAAAUUUCGCAUCACCCCACAACACUUGAUCUUUCAUUGUCUGAAAGUGGUGCUCGACGAUUUCUCCAAUCAGAAUAUCGAUAUCGCGUGUAAUCUCUUAGAGACUUGUGGGCGAUUCUUGUUUAAGAGUCCAGAGACUAGUGUCAGAAUGGGGAACAUGCUGGAUAUUAUGAUGAGGAAAAAAAGCGUUCAACAUCUUGAUAGUCGACAGCUUCUGAUGGUCGAAAAUGCUUAUUAUCAGUGUAACCCCCCAGACCACACGGCCAUAGUGCUUAAAGAACGAUCGAUCAUGGAGCAAUAUAUUCGUAAACUGAUCUAUACCGAUCUCAAUAAAAAAACUGUCGAAAAGGUGCUGAAGUUGUUGCGGAAAUUGAACUGGGAGGAUAAAGAGGUUUACAAAAUCCUCGAAAAAUGUUUCUCCAAAGUUUGGAAAAUCAAAUACAGCAAUAUCCAUUUGAUGGCGAUUCUCGUCUCGGGAUUGCAUAGGUAUCAUUCGGAUUUCGGUGUUGCACUGGUGGAUCGUGUUCUUGAGGACAUUCGGAUUGGACUUGAACAAAAUAUUUUUAAGCACAAUCAACGUCGCAUUGCCACAGUCAAGUAUCUCGGUGAACUUUACAACUACCGAAUGGUGGAUUCGCCUGUGAUUUUUGAUACAUUGUAUACGAUAGUUACCCUUGGUCAUGAAUUUGGCAGACCUAAUCCAUCGCGCAUCAGUUUUCUUGACGCGCCCAAUGAUUUUUUUCGUGUAAGACUUUGUUGUACAUUACUAGACACUUGUGGAGUUUGUUUUGAUCGUGGAACUGCCAAAAAGAGAUUAGAUGAUUUCUUGGUGUUCUUUCAGAUGUAUAUCUUGUCGAAGCAUCCGCUUCCAAUGGACGUAGAAUUUAUGGUUUCUGACAUCUUUGAGUUACUGCGACCCUCGAUGAUCAGAUACAAGACUUACGAAGAGGCUGCUGAAGAAGUCGAUCAAAGACUAAUCUUGAACCAAAAAGCCGUGCAAACAAGCGAAGAAGUUGCGAAAAACCAAGAAGAAGCUUUGGAAGAGAGUGAUGCAGCAUCCUCCUCUUCGGAAGAAGAUGAUGAUGAAUUCAGGGAUGAGAUGGAGCGCGAGCCCGGCGAAGAAGAAGAGGAUGAUGAGGAUGCCGAAACUGACGUUUUAGAAAGCCACGACCAUGAAGAAGAGGAAGUCAUCGUGCACACCAAUCGACAAGAUAAAGUCUCGACUUCUGAAGACGAGGAUUUUGAACGCGAGUUUAGCAAGAUGAUGACCGAGAGUUUGGAGUCGCGUAAAUAUGAAAGAAAACCGGCGAUGUUGGAUGUUGCUAUACCGAUGCAUCUUAAAGGCACCGAAAGGUCUUCAGAGUUUGUGGAUGGGAAUGUGUCGUUUACGCUGCUAACCAAAAAAGGGAAUAAGCAACAGAUGAAAACCAUGGAAGUACCAGCCGAUAGCGCACUCGCCGUGAACACGCGUUCAAAACAAGAAGCAGAGCGUGAAGAACAAGCACAGCUCAAAAAAUUGGUACUCAAUUACGAGGAACGUGAAGAACAAAAUCAGCGUGUUGCGCUUGAGCAAUCGUUGAUUAGUAGUGGGAUGCGUGUCAGUUAUCAGACUGGUAAUCGACGACAAAGUCAACGUGGUAAAAAGCUUAUGCAGAGUCAGGGUGGAGGCGGUGGUGGGAAUGCCGGUUAUUCUUUUGCUAAUGACAGACGUAAAUAA